UGAAUGAAAGUAAAAAUGAUAACAGAUACGUUCAAGACAAAAGCAACACCUAAGUCAGGAUUGUGUUGCACGCCUCAACAUUCUUCAGCUCCAUAGUAACUCUCGUCAAGCAACUCUUCAGAUGCCAAAACCCGCUGAUGUGAUGAUAGCCGUGCCAGUUUACCAGCAGCACCAGUAUGAAGUCGCCAAGUUCCUGAAAAUUAAGCCAGCAGCUUUGGGGAUUUUGGAAAUAUUUAUAUCCUUACUGGGACUCGGUUUGACGAUCUGGAAUGUUCAUUAUUCCCUCCUCUGGUCACCAGUCAGUUUCUUUUUAACUGGAGCUCUAACAGUCUCAGCUGCAAACUCACAUAAACCAUGUAUGGUCAGAUGCUCGCAGAUCCUCAGCUAUUUAAAUGCUGCAACAGCUGUUAUCUCCUUCCGGUUUCACUUUUUUGUUGGGGGUGUGACCUGCUUUCUCCUCUUGGCAUGUGAUAUUAUGAUCUUCAUCUUCUCUAUGGUUGUUGCUCUAACCUUCUGUCCCUGCUGCUGCAAUCCAAAGUCCAGGCAGGCUAUGGUCAGUUAUGUAAAUCAGUCAGAUUUGCCUGUCAACCAUAUUGUGCUAACAAGCCAGCCGGACUCCUCUGCAUUGACGCAGUCUUUUAGUUCAGCCUUGUACAUUCAGCAACCUCUGCCAAACUGCAUGCCGGUCCCCAGCACAUCUCAAACAAACUACAAUCCAGCACCAAGAACACCUCCACCACCCUACAGCCAAGUUUCAGCUGCUCAUCCACGAAACUACGGUCCAAACCCAAAUACUCCUCCACCGGCAUAUGAGAUGACCAGAUGAACCGGACCCCAGAUCCAAAUGAAGAUGUUUGACUUUUACACACUUGCUGGCACAGGAUGAUGGUGAAUGGAAAACAAGAAACAAUACUUAAAAACUUGUAAAUAACUUAUAAAUAAUUUUAAUGUUACAGUAAUAAAUUAUUUUGGAAAAAAUAAAAUCUGUGAAUGUGUUUUAAAUACAUGUUGUUAAAUGUUAGAUUGCUAACAAAAUACUAAAAUAUAUGUUAUAAAAUAAUACAUUACGUAACUGUUAGUUGUUGUUAUCACUAAUUACAUUUUGCCUCAAUGCUGGAGUCAACACAUUAACACAGUGUAUUUCUAACGCAGAGUACUAAAUGAUCUUACAUGUAAAAGAGAUAGUUCACCCAAAGAUGAAAAUUCUGUCUUCAUUUACUUUGUUUCUGUUCAAUACAAAAUACAAUAUUUUGAAUAA